AUGGAAGAGUUUCUGUCAAGCAUGGGUGUCCCGGAGGACGGGCAUUCCAAAUGCCUUCAAAAAAUAUUCAAUGUCGCUUUGGCUGAACCUCCUCUGAAGCCCGUUCUGGUGAUCAUCAACCUCGUAAAUGAUCCGCAGCGCAGUGCGGACGAGGUGGUGGUGCAGCCUGAUGAGUAUCCAGAAGAUGAGGGCCUGGAGAGAGUCCAUAGAGAUAGGUUGGAAGCUAAUGGAGUGUCAUCGUCGUGCGUCAUUUGUAUGGAGGAGUAUGGCAUUGUUGACUUUGAUCGAGUGCUUACUCGCUUGCCUUGCUUGCACCUUUUUCAUGCGAUUUGCGUCAUAACGUGGCUCCUGAAGAAAUUAAGAAUCCCAACUGUCUUUUGUGCCUCUACUCCAUGCCUCAUGUAUACGUGCUAA